AUGACAGAGGCACAUGGUAGUGGCACCAACGCAACAGAGGAACGUCCGCACAUCCACCGAGUAGCACUCAAAAUACCUCCGUUUUGGGCCGACGAGCCCGAACUAUGGUUUGCUCAGCUGGAAGGCCAGUUUAUGCUAGGAGGCAUAACGCAGGACAGUACGAAAUACGCUUACGUAUUGUCCCACAUCGAAACAAAGCACGCCAAGGAAAUCAAGGAUCUAAUUACGAAGCCCCCUGCGGAGAACAUGUAUGAAAAUUUAAAAAAGGCCCUCAUACAAAGACUUUCGAUUUCGCAAGAGCAACAGAUCCGACAGCUACUCGAACACGAAGAGAUAGGAGAUCGUAGGCCAUCACAAUUCCUACGACACCUACAAGCCCUCGCAAACUCCGCCAUCCCAGACCAGUUGCUACGAACCCUGUGGAUGGGCAGACUGCCGUCACAACUGCAAGCCAUUCUAGCUACCCGAACGGCAGAUAAUCUCGAGGUAGUAGCCGAGCAGGCCGACCGCAUCCACGAGGUCGCCAACAGAGCUGCAGGAGUCGCUAGCCUACAACCUGCAACUCCAACGCUCGAGCAACAAGUCAAGGAACUCACUAAGCAAGUAGCAAAUCUAAGCGGGCGAUUAUCACGGUCAACGGAAAAAAGCCAGAAACGUGACCGUUCCCAGAGCCGCAGCAAAAAGAAAGCGAAAGAGGGUAACGUGUGCUUCUACCACAAGCGAUUCAAGGACAAAGCUAAGAAGUGCACACAGCCGUGCGAGUUCAAGAAAAACGGCAGCACCAAAACAAGAUACUUGAUCGACACCGGGUCAGACGUCUGCGUUUUCCCUCGAACUCUGGUUCACGGCCGACGGCUAGUCAGCGCGGGAGAACUAUUUGCAGCAAACGGUUCCGCUAUACGAACCUACGGCGACCUGACGAUAAGACCCGACCUUGGUUUACGCCGAGACUUCCUGUGGCGAUUCAUCGUGGCAGAUGUAACUACACCAAUAAUUGGUUCCGAUUUCCUAGCACAUUUUCACCUCUUGCCAGACGUACGAAGAGGCCAACUAGUGGACGCAAAAACGGGACUACGAACAGACGGAGCGACAAGAGGAACAAACCUACCCUCGGUCAAGUCCAUAAUUGGAAGCACUCCGUACCACCUACUUUUGUCACAGUUCCCGAAGAUCACGCAGAGCUCGGGUACUUACCAAAAGAAGCAGCCACACUCUACCGUGCAUUACAUCAAAACCACGGCUGGACCACCAGAAGCAAGCCGGCCACGAAGGUUAACGCCUGAAAAGCUUAAGGCAGCAAAAGCGGAAUUUAAUCUUCUUCUGGAAGAAGGGAUUAUACAACCUUCUAAGAGCCCAUGGGCCGCGCCACUCCACAUGGCUCCGAAGAAAGGAAACACUUGGAGACCGUGCGGAGACUACAGAAAACUGAACGCAAGAACGGUACCAGAUCAAUACCCGAUUCCUCACAUAGAGGAUUUCACGCAAGGCCUCGAAGGAAAAACACUGUUCUCCACGCUAGACUUGGUCCGAGCGUACAAUCAAAUUCCAGUGCACCCGGAGGACAUUCCCAAGACGGCGAUCACGACGCCUUUCGGGUUAUUCGAGUUUCGGUACAUGCCUUUCGGGUUACGCAACGCCGCACAGACAUUCCAGAGGUUCAUCAAUGAGGUACUGCACGGCCUAGAUUUCUGUUACGCCUACAUCGACGACAUCCUCGUCGCCUCCAGCAACGAGGAGGAGCACAGAAAACAUUUAGAGGAGCUAUUUCGUCGCCUCGAUGCAUACGGCAUUCAAAUAAACCCUGCCAAGUGCACUUUUGGAGCCACAGAGGUCAAGUUUUUGGGAUACAUGGUGUCCGCAGAGGGCACGCAACCAUUGCCAGAGAAAGUCCAAGCAAUCAAGGACUACAAAAGACCUGAGAACAUCAAGCAGAUGAGGCAAUUCUUAGGCACCUUAAACUUCUACAGAAGGUUUAUCCCAGGAGCAGCAAACGACCAGGCAAAACUGCACGACGUACUGCAAGGACCAAAACAAAAAGGGAAAACUCCGAUAGAAUGGACCCCUCAACUGGAACAAGCGUUUCAACUUUGCAAAGAUAGUCUAGCAAAGGCAACGCUAUUGGCCCAUCCGAAAGCAGAAGCAACAAUCACAUUAACCACCGAUGCCUCAGACACAGCAUUAGGAGCGGUGGUGCACCAGGAAGUCGACGGAAACCAGCAACCGUUAGCAUUCAUGAGCAAGAAACUCAACCAAGCUCAAGUGAAAUACAGUCCGUACGACAGGGAACUUUUGGCAAUCUACGCAGCGGUGAAGUACUUUCGGCACUUGUUGGAAGGCCGGAAGUUUACCAUCUUCACGGAUCACAAACCGCUGGUUUACGCAUUCCAGCAAGAUCCAUUGCGCAGUUCCCCACGGCAAGCGCGACACCUGGAUUUCAUCGGUCAAUUUUCAACAGACAUCCGACACGUGGCCGGCAAGGACAACGUAGUCGCUGACGCAUUAUCUCGAGUAGAGGCUAUACAGAAAGCGCCUGACUUCGAAGAAAUGGCAAAGUCACAGAAAGAAGAUCCUGAACUUCAACAGUUGCUUGACGGCAGCAUACAGUCGUCACUCAAACUAACGGAAAUUCCGAUACCCGGGACUGAAAUCAAACUGUAUUGCGACACAUCAACACAGACAGCGCGUCCCUACGUAACGGAACCGUUUAGAAAGCAAGUAUUCCAAGCACUGCAUGGACUAUCGCACCCCGGCAUUAGAGCAACGGAGAGAUUGGUCAGACAGAAAUACAUAUGGCCUAACAUCCAACGGGACUGCCGAGCGUGGGCACGAACAUGUCUGCAAUGCCAAAAAGCCAAGGUACACAGACACACAGUCACGCCAACGGGGAAUUUUCUAGGACCGACGAAAAGAUUCCAGCACAUACACAUGGACCUGGUCGGACCCAUGCCAACAUCGCUUGGAUACAAAUAUUGCUUGACAAUCAUAGACCGCUUCACGAGAUGGCCGGAAGCAAUUCCUGUUCCCGACAUUACGGCCGAAACAGUAGCCAGACAGCUUUUCACAAAUUGGAUAGCAAGAUUCGGAACACCAACAAGGAUCACUACAGACCAAGGACGACAAUUCGAGUCCGAGCUAUUCAAGAAGCUAACAAAACUAACUGGGUCCACUCAUCUCCAUACCACAGCGUACCAUCCAGCAGCCAAUGGGAUGGUAGAGAGGCUCCACCGGCAGUUAAAGGCAGCCAUAAAGAGCCACCAAACCGAAGCAUGGGCGGAGAUACUCCCAGUCGUUUUAAUGGGCAUCAGGGCCGCGUGGAAAGAGGACAUACAAGCAACACCGGCGGAAAUGAUCUACGGAGAACCAAUUCGGUUACCAGGACAGUUUCUCAACGAAGCCGACAGCGAAACAGACACUUCGGAAAGAUUCGUAAAGGACCUGAAGAAAGCAAUGAAAAGCCUGCAACCAAGAGUAAGAAGGCACGGACAAAAAGCCACGUUUGUAUUUAAAGACUUAGCCACGACACAACAAGUUUUCUUACGACAUGACGCGCCGACGAAAACGCUACAACCGCCGUACGACGGACCAUACAAGGUCCUAAACAGAGGAGAAAAAACGUUUAAAAUCCUCAUCAACGGGCGAGCCAUCAAUGUGUCAAUCGAUAGACUAAAACCCGCUUACAUUUUGGAACCAGAAGAAACGGAACAAAAUCAGAGCACAACAGAACAGACACCCAAGGUAUCCAACGAGAAACGGACGAGAAGCGGACGAAUAUCACGUCCACCAGUCCGAUUCCAAGGACUUUAA